UCACACAGGGAUCCUUAUUAUGGCACAUCACAGACUGAGGAGAAACAUCUUGUACUGCUAUGUUACAGACACCUCUGUGGACACAAAAGUUGUCUGUUUCCCCCUUUAAAAUUAAACUUUUUAAGAAUUACACUAUUGCAUGCCCUGUACCAUAUGCCCUGUAUGAGUAUAUAUUUUUGGUAACAAGGGAAUUCUUUCUUUUUGUAGUGCUUAAACACUGUGUAGUAGGACUGCGUCUGUUCAGAUGGCAGAACCACACAAGAGUGGGAGAACUGGCUGCAUUCAUGAAUACUGGAAUAGCUGGCAAGAAGGAAAUCUCCUAUGAGGAUCUGAAAGCACUUCUGGCAAAAAGCCAGAAUCUCCUCUUGGUCGAUGUUCGUUCCCAAGACGAAGUGGAUAAAGGACGUAUUCCAGGAUCCACUCACAUCCCGGUUGCUACAGUAAAAGAUGCUUUUUCAUUGGAGCCAGAAGAGUUCAAGGCCAAGUACGGAGUGACCAAGCCACCACUGGAGACAUCAGAGCUGGUGUUUCACUGCCAGAUGGGCAGGCGAGGGGCAGCAGCCACAGCUGAGGCCUCUAGCCUAGGAUAUGUGAAUGCUUGUAAUUAUUCUGGAGGAUAUCAGGAGUGGUCCAAGAAAGAGAAGAAGUAAUCCAAAUUGAAGGAAAGGCUGAGCAUAUAUUUAUACAAAUAGCAAUUGUGAAAGCUUAACAGGAAAAAUAAAGAAAUAUUCUGGUGCCUUAUUUGUUAUCAUGUGAUGCCGUUUUGUUUUCAUAGUGCAUCCUUGUAUUUAAAGUGUAUGACACAAAUAAAAGGUAUGAUAUUUA